CGUAUUAUUUUAAGAUUUAAAUAUCCAAUCUCAAAACUCAUUUUUUCCCGCAGAUUUAACGAAACUGAAUGAUAAAUGAGAUGUAUUUAUAUGUUUAAUAAUGGCGGUUGAGUCCGGUUUCUAUAAUGCUAGGACUGCUGGGAGGAGGGAGCGGGAUAAAGCAGCCUAGCCCUAGACUCUACACACAACCCAACAUUAAUACUCACAACCGGGCAUUUUACAUAACACAUCACACGGCUCUACGGGAAAGAAUGCAGCGGAUAAUUCCGUCUUUAUUGCUAAAAAUACUUACAAAAUGAACGAGUAGAAAACUAUGACCGAAAAACGGCCAGGUUUGAAGUAUACUGUGCUACCGGCCAACCAUCCAAUUCUAGCUUCCAUCAAAAGCGGUGCUAUUCGCUUGCCUGGCAAUGGCCAACUGGUAUCCGGAAGUAUUCCAGCUGGACCUGGCCAACCGCCAUCGGGGGUGCCUCAGGGAACCACCGCCGGAUUGUUUGAACAUACCGGUACCGUUAAUACCGGCGGGCAGGUGAGAAUCGUGAACGGGGGCGGUGUACCUGGAAUAUCCAGGAGUAUUCAUGUGUCCGGAGCACAGCUAAAUGGAAACCAGGUGUUCCUGCAAAGCUCUACAAGGAUGAAUAACUCUACCAACCCUUCAUCCAUAAACCAGACCGGUCAACCAAUCUUUCGUGCACCGUCCGGCAUUAACAUUGCCGGUCAGGUUGUGCGGGUGCCUAGUAUUCAAGGUCAGAAAUCUGUUAUUGUUGGAAACCAAAGACAUCAAGUAGUUCGGAUAAUCCAGCCUCCUAAUAUUAAACAUUCAAACCAACAAUCCAUCCCGUUGGAGGGUUCUAAACCACAAACAGGUACUGUUCUGCAACCAAGGAUUGUUCAGGUUGCUACACAACAACCACAACAACAGAAACUACACCAAAUACGACUCUCAAGUCAGCCAAGUUAUAUUCAGACAGCACAACAGGGUCAAAAAGUUUUGGUUAAACAGGAAUCUAUGGGGACCAGUCUACAAAACCAGAUAAUACGCACUGCAGAUGGACAACAGUUUAUCAUCAGACGGAGCACAGUUCUUCCUUCCAAUGUUUCUCUUCCAUCACAACCCCAGCAGCAGUUUAUCCGUCUCUCAUCGAGAUCAUCAGUUCUUACAGGACCAGCUCAGCUCUUAACUCAAUCCAUUCGAGCUCAAUCCAGUGCAACUUCACCGGCUCCAUUGCAAGGAACAGGAUCUAUUUCUUACUCAUUGGUCUCAAAACCCUUAAAUAGAUCCCCCGGUGGUGUAACUAAUCUUGUUCCGGGUCAAACAUUCAGAUUCUCUGCUCCGGUUAGGACGGGACAAACUGGGAGCCAGACAUUGUCUGUGGGAACUCUAUCUUCAGGCGGUCAGGUUCGGUUAGUCCAAAAUCCUGGUUCUAAUACUCAUACUUACAGCAUCAUAUCUGGGACAAACUCCACAACUGUUGGAUCCGCCAAUAUCAGGUUUGCAACAGCCAACAACGCUGUUAACAAGAAUAUUUUAACGGCGACGGCUGCGCAGGCUGAUGUCAUUCCCGGUGCAGCUCAAACUAUCCCCCUCUCUCAAUAUUUAGCUCUCAACCCUCGGUCUCAGUAUCCUGGUGCUCAGAUCCGCUCUACCCAACCUGUACCUGGACCUAAACCUGACUUAACUGAACCUAUCCCAGUGACGAGUUCCAACUUUGUACCUAGGACUCCUAAUCCUGUACCUGUAACCACAUCACACUCACCUGUAUCGCCCUCUGUAUCAGGGCGGAAAGUGUUUUUGUCCAACCUGGAGGAGGGAGGACAGAAGGUGAUAAGGUUUGAUGUCAGAUCAUUACAGUCUUCCCAACAUCCAGUUAGUUCGUCUCCGGAUAACGUUCCAAUGGCUCGGAUUAUCAGCACAAAUCUUAACUCCGCUCCAGAGAUUCGUUUAGGAGACACAACCUUGACCCCAGCUCCGUCCUUGAAUCUGGUUCAAGGAAAGGACUGGACAGAGUUAAAAUCUCCUCCUCGGUUCGACAGUUUCCGUUUAGUUACUCAGGAUGGUCGAGUUCUCGGUAAUGACUCCUCCGCUCUACAUGGUCUUCAGCUUCUCUCUGCUCAAGGAAAUCUAAUCCAUGCCGAGGAGCUACCAGUCCUGGCCGAGCCAAAGAAGCAAAACCUGUCUCCGUCCAAGACAGAAAAUUCUCUUUUAAAGUCUGGAGUUUCUCCUAAAUAUGUUCCAGCCCCCAACCCGUCCAACUUGAUACCAGUAAACCCUGCGGACUUCAGGCUCAAAAACAUUUUCUCAUCCCCGCCUUCGAAGGAGAUGAAAGGGUUCGUGAACAACCAGCAGAUGCCGGGACCUGGAGUUCCCGUAGCGAAACCUAAACCUAAACCUCGGAGUAAACCUAAACCCAGGGAGUCUCUAAAAGCCCGAAUGCAGAAACUGGAAAGUGCUCUGAAUAUGCAGCAUCUAGUCAAUAUUUUAGACUCGUAUUCAGCUUCUCAGACUUUUGUUGAUGGCCUGGAGUCCAGGUUUCUUGACGUCAUUGAGGAGGAAUACAGUGGACUGGAGAUGACUAAAGAGAAGUUAGAAAUCUGCCGAGAAUAUUAUUCAUCACAAGGAUUCAAAAAAAGAUAUAUCGACAUCAGCCGGAAAGAGAAAGAAACUGAGGUGAAGCUUGAAAACAAGCAAGAAUAUUUAACAUCCUUAUUAAAGAAACACGUGAAACUAAAGAGAUUGCGCCACGCCCUACUUACUGGUCAGGAAAAGGCGGGAAAAGAGAAGGGAGGAGAGGUUAAGUCUAAGUCAAAGGGAAGGCCGGCGAAGGUGAACAAAAUGUCGCCUCUUGAUCUCAAGAAUCUACAGAGAUAUAAGUUGUGGUCUCAUAUUAUGAAAAAGGAGGUUGUAAAGGGAAUGAAAGCACGUAAUUACAACUCAAAGGAGAAGCUGGCGAAUGCUAAGCGCAUUGCUACAUCGUGUAUGCGCGUACAGAGACAACGUGCAACAACCAGUCAGAAGAUUAUGAAAGAAAGUAUUUGGCGCGCUAAAAGGAUUGCAAGGGAAGUUCAGACAUUCUGGAAGAAGAAUGAGAGAGAGGAGAAGAUUCAAAAGAGAGCUCAGGAGAAGGUUGAACAGGAGCAGAGGAAACAGGACAUAGAACUCAUCGAGGCUAAACGUCAACAAAGGAAGCUAAACUAUUUGAUUACACAGACCGAGCUGUAUGCCCACUUUAUGGCUGGCAAGAUGGGAGUUGGAACUGGAGAAACGGAGCAGACAAUUCUAUCCAGGCUAGAUUCAGAUAUUCAGGAACAGAGGGUCAGGGAUCUGGAUGAUUAUAAUGAAAGAGAGGCUAAGGAAGCUGCUAGAGUAGCAGCUGCAGCUGCUGCGAAGAAACAGGAAGAUUCCAGGUUAAGUUAUGAUCGGUCAGCGGCAGCUAGCGGAGGCUUGAGGAUGUCAGAGGCCGCCGAAACUGCCGGAGACCGGCCUCAACCUAAGAUUUUUCAGGGUACCCUGAAGAGCUACCAACUGAAGGGUAUGAACUGGUUGUGCUCUCUAUACGAUCAAGGGAUUAAUGGUAUCCUGGCUGAUGAAAUGGGUCUUGGUAAAACCGUCCAAUCCCUGGCCUUCUUAGCCUACGUGGCCGAAACCUAUGGUAUUUGGGGACCGUUCCUCGUGGUCACACCCGCCUCCACCUUGCAUAACUGGCAACAGGAGUUAGCAAGGUUUCUACCAGAGUUUAAAACUAUACCAUAUUGGGGUAGUCCACAGGAACGCAAGGUUCUCCGUGGGUUCUGGUCCCAGUCCAACCUACACACUAGAGAUGCAUCCUUCCAUAUAGUGAUCACUAGCUACCAGAUCAUAGUAUCCGACUUCAAGUACUUCAGUAAGCACUGCUGGCAGUAUAUGGUUCUAGAUGAGGCACAAGCCAUCAAGUCUGCAAACAGUCAGAGAUGGAAGAUGUUGCUUGAGUUUAAAUGUCGAGGUCGUCUUCUUCUCUCAGGAACUCCGAUUCAGAAUACGAUGGCUGAACUGUGGUCCCUCUUACACUUCGUAAUGCCGGCCCUGUUUGACUCCCACGACGAGUUCAAGGAAUGGUUCAGCAGGGAUAUCGAGGGACACGCUGAGGGUUCCAGGGCUAAGGUUGAUGAAAAGCAAAUAUCUCGCUUACAUCUCAUUCUCAAGCCUUUUAUGCUUCGCAGGAUAAAGAAAGAUGUUGAACACGAACUGACCGACAAGCUAGAAAUCCUGCUUUACUGUCCACUGACCAUCAGACAAAAACUUCUCUACGCUGGACUGAAGAAGAAUAUUCAGAUAGAGGAGUUGUUGGCAGGUUUAGGUUUGGGAUCUGGUACUCUUGGAGGAGUUUCAAGUCUCAUGAACCUUGUCAUGCAGUUCAGGAAGGUCUGCAACCACCCGGAGCUUUUCGAGAGACGAGAACCUAAAUCUCCGUUUAUCUUCUCUGUCCCGCCCAUCUCCGUCCCGCGGCUACUCUUGCAGGAUAAACCAAACUUCAUCGCAGAGUCUCCCAAGUUCUCCGUGUUCCGAGCUGACAGGGUUCACAGGGAGUACCUGGAGGUUCCAGAUUCAGCUUUCGGAUUCUUAAACAUUGUCAAACUUUCUCCGGCAGAACUAGAAUCUCAGGUAUUGAACCUUUACCAUCAGUGGUUGCUGAUAGCCCAGAGAACUGUCCAAAGUCUCCAGGAGGCAUACUCAAACCGUCCCAGUAUACCGGAGAAGUUUCUUAUCACUCAAAUAAACUCAACCUUCCUAUCUCACUGUGAUCAUUCCAUUGUUUCUGUUCCUGAAACCAUUUCUCAUCGAAUUCUCCGUUCCCGACAUCUUGUCAGUUCCAGGGAGCUUGAUGAUGGAACGGUUCCAUUAGUUCCAGAGUUUCCGCAUUUCCCGCGUCCCCCCCGGAUACGUAAAUGUGUUCCUACACCUUGUCCCGGAUUCCUCAUGAACCUUCCGCCUAGAGCCGGAGCUCUACCACAGUAUCUGGAUUGCUCUAGCAGGACGGCGGAAAACCGAAAACAGGACCAUAUCCGGAUCUGGAUUGGACCCGGAUCCGCGCCUAGUGCCAAGAAUAUGAUAUUUCAAGGCAUGGAUUCAGUUCCUCUACAUUACACUUGCUCACCUCCUCAAGGAAUUUUUGGAUCUAGUCCUCCACAUGGUUGGUCAAAUAUACUUAUACCGGACAAGGACUCCUUGAUUAACGACGCUGGGAAGCUGUUUGUCCUGGACGGACUCCUCACUAAGCUGAAGGAAGAGGGACACAGGGUCCUUAUCUACUCUCAGAUGACCAAGAUGAUAGAUCUGCUGGAGGAGUUUAUGUCUUACCGUCAGCACUCCUAUAUCCGUCUAGACGGUUCUAGUAAGAUACAUGAGAGAAGAGAUAUGGUCUCAGAUUUCCAGUCCAGACAGGAUAUUUUUGUUUUCCUUCUCUCAACUCGAGCUGGGGGUCUAGGAAUAAACUUGACAGCUGCAGAUACUGUAAUAUUCUAUGAUAGUGACUGGAAUCCAACUGUUGAUCAGCAGGCAAUGGAUCGAGCACACAGACUGGGACAGACUAAGCAGGUUACAGUGUACAGAUUAAUCUGUAAGGGAACUAUAGAAGAGAGAAUACUACAGAGGGCUAGAGAGAAAUCUGAAAUCCAUCGCAUGGUGAUACAAGGUGGUAGUUUUAAAGGGAAAUCAGCUGAUCUCAAACCUAAGGAGGUUGUUAGUUUAUUAUUGGAUGAUGAUGAGCUGGACCGGAAGGUUAGAGAGAAGGUUGAGGAGGAGGAGAAAAUGGAAGCCAAGAAAUCAACUCCGUUGAAGAGAAAACAUGUCCCAGACCCUUCUCCGGGAUCUAGUAAAUCCAAAUUAUCUCCAGACCAACCUGGUUUGGCUCCAAUUAAACGUAAACGAGACAGGACGGGAGCAGGAGGAAAACGAGGUAGACCUAAGGGAUCGUUCACAAAUAAAACUUCCUCCAGGAUAGAGCUUGAAUCUACUGAAGCAUUCAGUAGUGGUAUAAACUCUCAUGAAAGCAAGCUUAACGGGAUUCUCCCUGGUCAGAUAGAAGAAAAUGUUUUUGGGUUCUAUAAUCAGGUUUCAUGAGAGAUGCUCAAUGUAUGCUAGGAUAUACAGAGAUGCAGUAUUAACCGCUCCAGGUUCAACUUAUUGGAGUAGUUGUUACAGAUGACCCCGUUAUACCAGGGUUUGAUAAUACUCCUAUAAUCUGAAUUAUGAUAUUAUAUGUAAAGGUUGUGAUAUUUAUAAUCUCUUGCUGCCUUCCGCGCGAGAAAAUAGAAGUGUCUUUCAUUAUUUAAAAUCUGGAUUUUUUAAAAUUUUAACCUUUCAUACUUCGCAGUUUUUAAGAACUAUUCAAGCCAAAUUUACUUACAAGUAAGAAGUAAAGUAAAUUUGUAGCAUGCGUUAGAGCCAACAUUUUGGAAAUAUCAGCAAAAUUUAUCAUGAACUCAAGGAAUAAUAUAUUAUUGUAAAGAAAUCACGUUUCAAUUGUAUUUAUUUAUUGUUUUUCUAUUUGGAAUGUUAAAAUUUUUAUUGUUAUUAAAUAAACUUGAAUCAUGCACGUAAU